UUGAUGGAAUUGCAGAGAAAUUCAGACAAUAUUCAAUCCGAAAUCGAUAUAAGAAAAUGACCUCUGGAAAUGACUAUCAUCAAAAUAACAAAUAUAACAAAUACUUCUCUGAAAAAGCAGAACUCCCUCAGUCCCGUGGGAAAGCUCCUGAAAUACCCAUUUAUCAAGAGAAUCUAGAAGAAAUGGCCUUCACUUGUAGUUCCAACCGCAUUAGACAUCCAAAAAGUAAUCCUAGAGAGAAGCUUUCUGUGUGUAGUAAAGUUGGGAAGGCCUUCAGUCAGAACUCUGAACAUGCUCAAGGUCAGAGAAUCCACACUGGAGAGAAACUUUAUGAAUGUAAAGAAUGUAGAAAGACUUUCACCCGGAGGAAAGGUCUUGUUGAACAUCAAAGAAUCCACACAGGAGAGAAACCUUAUGAAUGUAAAGAAUGUGGAAAGGCUUUUACAGUGAGGAGCCAUCUUGCUGUACAUCAAAGAAUCCACACUGGAGAGAAACCUUAUGAAUGUAAACAAUGUGGAAAGGCUUUCACACAGAUGAGCUGUCUUGCUGCACAUCGGAGAAGGCAUACUGGAGAGAAACCUUUUGACUGUAAAGAAUGUGGAAAAGCUUUCACAACUAGCAACAGUCUUGCUGUACAUCAGAGAAUCCAUACUGGAGAGAAACCUUAUGAUUGUAAACAGUGUGGAAAGACUUUUACAGUGAGGAGCCAUCUUACUGUACAUCAAAGAAUCCACACUGGAGAGAAACCUUAUGAAUGUAAAGAAUGUGGAAAGGCUUUCACCAGCUGGAACAUUCUUGCUGUACAUCAGAGAUUCCACACUGGAGAGAAACCUUUUGAAUGUAAAGAAUGUGGAAAGGCUUUCAGACGGAGAGACUCUCUUGCUAUACAUCAGAAAAUCCACACUGGAGAGAAACCUUUUGAAUGUAAAGAAUGUGGAAAGGCUUUCACACAGAAGGGCUGUCUUGCUGCACAUCGGAGAUUCCACACUGGAGAGAAACCUUUUGAAUGUAAAGAAUGUGGAAAGGCUUUCACACAGACCUCUGGUCUUGCUGUACAUCGGAGAAUCCACACUGGAGAGAAACCUUAUGACUGUAAAGAAUGUGGAAAGGCUUUCACAACUAGCUGCAGUCUUGCUGUACAUCAGAGAUUCCACACUGGAGAGAAACCUUUUGAAUGUAAAGAAUGUGGAAAGGCUUUCACACGAAGAGACUCUCUUGCUGUACAUCAGAGAAUCCACACUGGAGAGAAACCUUAUGACUGUAAGGAAUGUGGAAAGACUUUCACAACUAGCAGCAGUCUUGCUAUGCAUCAGAGAAUCCACACUGGAGAGAAAGCAUUUAAAUGUAAACAGUGUGGAAAGGCUUUCACACAGAGUAAUGGUCUUGCUGAUCAUCAAAGAAUCCACACUGGAGAGAAACCUUAUGAAUGUAAACAAUGUGGAAAGACUUUUACAGUGAGGGGCCAUCUUACUGUACAUCAAAGAGUUCACACUGGAGAGAAACCUUAUGAAUGUAAACAGUGUGGAAAGACCUUCACAAGGAGCUCUAGUCUUAUUGACCAUCAUAGAAUCCACACUGGAGAGAAGCCAUUUACAUGUAAACAGUGUGGAAAGGCUUUCACAACUAACUCUAAUCUUACUGAACAUAAUAGAAUCCACACUGGAGAGAAACCUUAUGAAUGUAAACAAUGUGGAAAAGCUUUCACAGAGAAUCGCAAGCUUGUUGCACAUCAGAGAACCCACACUGGAGAGAAACCUUUCAAAUGUAAACAGUGUGGAAAGGCUUUCACAUGGAGGGGCUCUCUUGCUGCACAUAAGAAAAUCCACACUGGAGUAAAACUAUAAAUGUAAUCAGUUUGGAAAUGCUUUCAAAUAUAACUCCACACCUGCUAAAUGUCACACUGGAGAAAAACCUCAUGACGGUCAUGUAUGAAUCUGAGCUUUUAGUUUUUACUUGUAGCUUAUUUAACAUGGUAAAGUUUUCUUAAUCGCUAGUCCUUAUUUUAACUGGUGUUGCUAUUUAAGUAAGCCUACAUCUGUCAAAGAUCUAGCCCAUAGACCAUUUGGAAUUUCAUCUAGGAUUGGAUAAAUUGUACCCAUUUCUGCUUCUGCCUUCUGAGAGUAUUUUAGACCCCCAGAAAGGAGGUAUGCAAAAGGGUGCAUGUACAUUAUGAAAGUGCUCUCGGGAUAGCUGAUGAAAACUUUGAGUCUAAAAUGACACCAAGAAUCUAGAUCAUUCUGGUGGAAGGGUAGAGUAAGGUAAAGUUACAAAUAUAAAAAACAUCCAGAAACCAUUAGGCUCCAUGGGAAAUGCUCCCUCUCUGGAGCCAUCCAGAGGUACCACACCCCCUAGGAAAAACUCUUAUAGAAAUAUAGCACUUUAGUUAACUAAGGCACACUGAGUGGCAAAGGAGAUUCCAGAACCUUGAGAGGAGAGUCAGUGACAGUGGACCUGACACUGAAAGCCUCAAGUCUGAAGGUCUAAUGGUGGGAUUUGGUGAGACAGACAACCCCUGAAGCUGUUUCCCAGUGGAUUUUGAAUUAAGUACCAUCUUCAGUCAAGCAUCCCAGUGAAGGAGCAAGGUAGAGAAGUUGGUUUUGGCUUUGUGGUGGACACAAAGACCAUCCCUUCUCCCUCUCCUGACUUUGGAUUAUUUUGCUGUAUUUCAAGUUUCCUAUGAUUAAUUUUGAAGAACAUCUCAUUGGAGUUUAUAUGAAAUUCCCUACUCUCAACAAGACCUUGCUAAGAAGCAGUCUGCUGUUAGAUUUAGCCAUAGUGUAGAUUUGAUCCAACCUUAUACUGUUGAGUGGAGACCCAUAGAUCUUAGAGUCAGUUUACCUAUACCCCUUUCUUACCUAUCCCAAUAAUUAUUAAAUAUCUCAGUUAUUAUAUUCUCUCCUUGUCCAGUCCUUUCCCAGAUACCUAGGUUGACAAAUAAGAACCCACUGUGAAUUCUGUUUCCCUGGUUGUUAUCCAUUUAUCUGUUACCUCAUCUAUUCCCCAGCUCAGUAUUGUCACCUGUGUUCAUUCAUUUAAUUAUUCCAGUUUCCUUAGUCAUUCUGUGUUCAUUUACUUAUUCCAGUUUCCUUAUUUCAUUCCUCUUAUUUAGUUUCCUUAAUACACUUCCCACCUCUAGGAUGAGUUUGUAAUAGCUGCA